CAAACUCUCAACCGUCGUCCAUCUCCAUCUCCAUCACCAUCUGGCCUAACAGUGUCCUCACGCCAACAUCAGCCAACCAGCCAAUCAGCCAGCCAGCCAUCUCAACUGACUCAAGAUGCCGCCUCUGCCAGCUAAAUACCCACGACAGAUCCCUCUUGAGGUCACAGUCUAUGGCCCCCACAACGCUCUCAGAGCCGCCAACUUUGGUGCAAAGCGUCUUCUCCUCUGCCGAAAGGGCUCCUCUACCGUUGGCGGGGUGAGUCCCACUCCCCAGGAGCUUCGCCAUCUCAAAAGAAAGAUUCACAUCCCAAUCAGCUGCGUCAUUCGACCCCGUGGAGCUCCUAACCCUUCUGGUCCAGGCGAGUCUCACGACUACGUUUACUCUAACAACGAACUUGUCCAGAUGAGCGAGUCUAUUCGCCAGCUCAAGGAAACAGGCGUCAUGAAUGCUAUCCGCGGAGAUUCUUUCGUGUUUGGCUGUGUUAAGCAUAGCCAUGAGGAAACAGCUGAGAACUCUCGCCACAAGAUCGUGAUUCACUCAGCAUACUGUCGCUCUCUCAUUGAAAUGGCCAAGCCAUUCGGUUGUGUCUUCAACCGUGCUUUCGACCACUUUGCUGAACGUGGAAACCCAGACGCUGUCAUUGCAGAGCUCACCACUCUUGGUUUUGCAGGCAUCAUGACAGCGGGAGGACCAGGUUCCUUUUCAAACCACCUUGAGCGGCUAGAUGCUAUGUGCCACCAUACCACCAACAUCCAACUCGUUGUCGCAGGGGGGGAUUGUUGCCCCGAGAUUCAGAAGCUUCGAAAGCGUGCUCACAACCAUGAUCGUCUCUCCAUUUGGCUGAACGGCGAUUGUCUUCGUCCCAGAGAUCAUGACGAUCCAGAGACUACCGAUAUGAACGGCGUCAUGUCGCUGAUUGAUCAGCUUGGCUUACAAACAACGGACUAGUUAUCCCCUCAUGACAUCGGCAAGCAGAUCUUCUACUGACUAGGGUGCAUUCGAAGCUUGGCGAAUGCCGGGUCAUAUCGCACGUGUAUUAUAUGGGAAAUGUUAUGGAAGGAAAGGGUUAUGAAUUUAUGAUUUAUGAGUGACGACUUAGAAAAAGUCUGGAAUUGCCUCGGAAUUCGCUGUCAGCAAGAAAGCCCAUGAGUCAAAUUGGCAUGGCCCCGAGGAAGACCACCAGAAAUCUGUAACAAUUAACAUCCAGAUAUGCUCGCAUUCGGAAUGCGAAUGAAUAAAAAUCUGUGAAUAUCCAAA